AGGGCUAUGUGGAGUGCGAGGGACCUAACAAUAGACUAUACGAAUUCAAUGGAAAUUUAUCCAUUGCUGCCAAGAGGUAUAUUAUAGUAAUGUGCGAUAGAGAGAAAUGUAUUGUGGUGCUGUAACCUCUUCCCAAAGUGCACCCCUACAACCUAAAGAGCCUAAUACAGUGCUGCAAUUUCUUUCUUCUCCUCCCAUCCAACCCCCUUCCCCUGUCUCCCUUCCUUCCACUCCCACCCUCCGCCUUCUCUUUUGCUUCUCCCUUUUUCCAUCUUUCCCCCUCCCCUUUCUCCUCUUCCCUCCCUCCCUCACGCCCUCCCUCCCUCCCUCCCUUCCGAGUAAUAUCCAACAAUGCCACAACUAAUCCCAAGAUUCCCUAGACGCCCCAUUAUUCCUCCCUCCCUCCCUCACUCCCUCACUCCCUCCAUUUCUUCUCUCUCAGACCAGUCCCCAUUCAACCGGACAACGUCCUCCUGAGAGGUUCACUGUUGCGCAACACCCAGUGGGUCCACGGACUCGUCAUUUACACUGGGCCUGAUUCCAAACUGCAGCAGAAUGGGACCGAGACACGUCUGAAGAGAUCAGCCAUGGACAACGCCACCAACAGACAAGUGAUCUUCAUGUUCCUGGUGUUGUUAGUACUGGCGGUGGUGAGUUCGCUGGGGUACUCCAUAUGGACCUCUCUGUGGGCCGACAAGAUGUGGUACCUCUAUAUGGGCAAUGAGAGUGCCGGUAAGAUGGCAGCUAAUUUCUUCUACUCCAUCCUCACAUUCAUCAUCCUCUACAACAACCUCAUUCCCAUCAGUCUCAUCAUCACCGUCGAGGUGGUGAAGUUGAUACAAGCCUAUCUCAUCAACUUUGACCUGGAUAUGUACGAUGAGUCUACAGACACACCAGCACUGGCCAGAAACUCCAACCUCAAUGAGGAACUGGGACAGGUAAAGUUUGUGUUCUCAGACAAGACUGGGACAUUGACUGAGAAUAUUAUGGAGUUCAAGCAAUGCAGUAUCUCCGGAAUAGUGUAUAGCACUGAUUCCUCUGAAGAAGCUGACGAUUCUUCUCCUCUGGUUCUUAUGGAGGCACUGAAGGAGUCAGGGAGGACGGCCAUGCUCCACUUCUUCAGAGUUCUGGCCCUGUGCCAUACCGUCAUUCCAGAAUGGGUCGAGGGCUCUCAGUCUCUGGUGUACAGAGCUUCCUCACCAGAUGAAGAAGCAUUGGUAAAGGCAGCUAGAGACCUGGGUGUGGUGUUCAAGGCUCGCACACCCAAAUCCAUCAUCAUUGAAGUGGAUGGAGUUGAAGAGGAAUAUGAGCUGCUCAAUCUACUGGAGUUCAAUAGCACCAGGAAGAGGAUGUCAGUGGUGGUGAGGUUCCCAGAUGGCUCCAUCAGAGUACUGUGUAAAGGAGCCGAUACAGUGAUCUACUCUCGUCUGGCUCCCUCUGAGGACUACUCUUCUUCCACAAACAGUCAUCUCAAGACUUUUGCCGUCAAUGGCCUCAGGACACUCUGUGUGGCCGAGAGGACCAUCGGACUAGUCGACUAUGAGGUGCAGUUUAAU